AUGUUCCAACCCAGCGCCAUUCUCCUGGGAGCAGUUGCUCUUCUUAUUCCCAGCGCCUUAGCUGGCGAGGGAGUGCAUCUUGCCAACUGUGGCCCUGACGUUUGGUCGGCAAGUGUUAGUGUUGUUGCCUACUACCCAGACGACUCUCAGUCAAACACGGCACCAUUUUCACAAAACAUCGCCUUUGCUACCAGCCCGGCACGUUUAGUUACUUGGGAGGGAAACUCUUACACUGCUAGCUUUGCAACCGGAAACACUUUCACCAGUCAUAUUCAACCUAGAAGCUUCAGCUUCGGUCAGUAUGCAGGAAGCGGCAAUAACCAGCAGCGACAGUUUGCUUGCUUCAGGGAUAAUAACAGGCAGCUCUGGCGGUCAACACCUGCGUAUGCUUGUUUCAGCAUCUACUACUGUCUUGAUGCUUAA